AUGGACCUCGUCGAACCCUUGCUCUGCGCCUUUACAGCACCCUCGUCUCGUCUCCUCGAACAGCCCGUGGCGUGUCAGGCCGUCUACCUCGAUCCUAGCGACGAAUUUCGGUUCGUUGACCUUCACGAGUUCAGCUCUUGGACGUUGAUCGGAUGUCGUGGCUGCGCUCACUUCAGCAUCCCGCCCGAGUUCAAGCAGCCCCUGUACGACAACCUCACUGCCGGCCCUCUCAAGCUGCAGCUGCAGCUUUUCACAGCCGCAACGUCAUUCGCCUGGGUCGGGCACCCCGACGACGACGUCAGGACAUCAGCCGGGCUCAGCGCGCUCGGCCUUGUCAGGGCUCUUGAGGAGAUUGGCUGCCACACGAUGAGGUUCCAUGUCUUGUGGGACAAGCUCUCCACUUUGCUCGACCUGCACGAGCUUAACCCUGCCGACCCAGUCUGGGCCUUCAGCCUGAGGAUGCUCGCACGAGGAAUCACGCUACUUCGAGGCCCCACCGACAGCGCAGCGCUCACUUUCGCAAGUCUCGGUAGUCUUGGCGGCGGCUUUGGCGCGGUCGAUAUCCCGAUGUCGGCUUGCGGGAAUGGCCUGUGCCGCAUCCGCGUCGUCCAGCCGCUCGUGCGCGAGCUCGGCGAGUUCGAGUCGGACAUCGGGCCGGUGUGCAUCUACGGGGCCUCUGUCGAGCUCUACGUCAGAGCCUCGACGCUGGAAGGCGCCAAGCAGCUGCUUGCAGCGUCAGACGCGCUCAACUGGCUCCGUCUCAUCCAAGGUCGGCCCACUGGCAUUCCCCUCGAGAUACGUCAAAUCAGCAAGAACGCCUACGCCGCCCAUAUUGACGCCGUCACCACUGAGAUCUGGGAGCAACUCGCCGGCAUGGCUGACAUCAGCAGGGACGAGGCGGAGCGCACCACGAUGCGCCUCUACCGGGAGCUGGGCGUCGUCGAUCCCUACGCGUACCCGCACGGCAUCGACGCCUUUGACUUCCUCCGCGCUGCGCCGUGA